UUUCGCCAGCCUCCAGGCAAUGCCAAUUGCCGCCUCCAUAUACAGGCCAAGACGGCGCAGCGUAUCGGAUUCAAUGAAUCCAUAAUAGACUGCGGGUGGCAAUACUAACAUCCUCGUAUACGUAAAACUACUUGACACUUAUAUCUAAUGCUUCUAUGAAUAUGCGACUGGGGAAUCGUCAAAUUGUCCGAAUGCAGGGUAUCAAUGGCCGGUGGAAUGCAACAAAGAGACGCUGUGAUGAUGAUGUAUAACAAUGCGCGACAGAAAGCCGAUGAAAUGCGACAGGUUAACAGAGAACACAAUACCCUUGAUACUGGUGAUACUAAUGAAUACAAUGGGGCGGGGAACGGGGGCGAAAAUGCAAAUGCGAGCGAUGCGUCGAUUAAGCACGAUGUGAUGUAACAAGUCCAAACAGGAGGGGCCAAAUUACAGACGCCGCCCGCGCACCUCGUAAUAUGGCGCGUA